CCGACGUCGUCGGGGUGGCAUUUGCUAGCGUCCUGGGAUCACAGCCCGACUCACGUUACCCACGCUGCCAUGUGACCGCGAAUUUAUCCACUCGGGCAUGGAUUGUAUCAAAUCGAUGCUUCUGAACCACUGAAUUUUUUCGAAUUUUUUUCUAACGCCACAGCAACCAUCGCGAAUUGGACUAACGCGUAACAAUUUGAUUCUUCGAGGACACUGUCUUCGGAAAAGAUAAACGAAAAGCUCGAGGACAGGAGUUUCUGGACAAUUUUUUUGGUCUUCACGCGAUAACUGUCUAUCGCGUCGAGCUAUGUGAGAGUAAAACUUUGGAAGAUGAUUUCGCGCGUAAAGGAGAAGUGAGUGAAGUUCGCCGGCGCGAGCUUAUCCCGUGCAGGGUAGAAAAAACGGAGGAAAGUGGUGCGAUUUACGCGCAUGAUUACAUCGGCGCAUCAUGCUAGUUUGUGAGACAAUGCGGUGGGAUGUUGUUGGAUACCGUGAUUUGCUGCGGUGCAAGUUUUUCAUUCUUCUGGUUCUUGUCGGCUGCAGCGAUGGAUAUUUGAACAUCUUUAUCAGCCAGUCCCAGGUUAUGAAACUUUUGGGACUCGAGGCUGAGUUGUACUAUGUCAGGGAAGGAGUGGUCAAUACGUACGCGAUGAACUUCGUAGUGCCAGUACCCGCGAACAUUGCGGAACUCGAGUUUUCCUGGCAGAGCCUGGUCGGACAUCCGCUAGCGUACUCAAUGGAGCUGGAUUAUGACGUAGUAGGUGUCCCGGGUGGCAUUUCCGGAAUGAUGGCUCUGCUUCCGCCCAACGUAAACGUGUCGGAGAGAGGAGAGGUGCCCGUCACAUUGCAGGUUUUCAGGAUCCGAUUAGCUUGUUCAGGCCGCGUGAGUGCCGAAAUUCCUUUAACCUUAAGGUUGAAUGUCACUGCUCCACCUGGGACUAAACACAACGAUACCGUUCUAGUUUUCAAGAGAAAUAAAAUCUGCUUCAAAGGAAUAGAGACACCUCCGAGAAACGACUCGGUUCGUUUGGAACCAGGACCCCUGGUAAAUGGUGCCGGGGCACUUUACGUCGCUGCGACUUGUGCGUGCGCUUUAAUAUUAGUCGUCGGCAGUGUCGCAAGCGCUCUGUAUAUUCGCAACAGCAAGGCUCGCAUUCAGGAAUCACAGAAAACACUGCCCUGCUGCAGCUAUUCAGCAGCAGACACCGGCGGCUUGCCCAGAAGUUCUGUUCUGGUUAGGGUCGACCCACGACCCGGAAGCGCGAAUUCCGGAAGUUACGCGACCAUUGCAGACCUGGAGCCGCUCUAUGCGAGACCCUGCGGUUCUCGGGCGAGUUACUACGCUUCCAGCCAUAUGACGCAUCUAAGCCAGACGAACGAUCCCUGCGAGAAGGCCAGAGCGCUGGCUGUGUCCAGGUCCGCGCUUUACUGUCGCAAUCUGGUGCAGGAGGGCACGUUCGGCCGCGUUUACAAAGGCACUCUUGAGUUGGCUGGUCGUGAACAGGAAGUCAUCAUUAAAACAGUGACAGAAGUGGCGUCCGCUUAUCAGGCGUCUUUGCUGGUGGUAGAGGGUUCCCAGUUGGCUGGAUUAAUGCAUGCAAACAUAGCGUCGCUCGCAGCCGCCUGCUUGGAUAGUUCUUGCCCGUUGUUGGCGUACACCAGUACGCCGGGCGAGCUGAAUUUAAAGUUAUACCUUACCGACGGGAAUCAUCAUCCUGUGACCAGGGAUCUGGUGCAUGUUGGCGCGCAGGUUGCCAGGGCGGGGGCGUUCAUGCACGGUCGGGGGCUUUUACACAGGGACAUCGCUGCCCGAAAUUGCCUAAUCGAGCCAAGCAGUCUUCGAGUACGAUUAGCUGACACUGCUCUGGCGCGAGAUCUCUUUCCUCAGGAUUACCAUUGUCUCGGCGACAACGAGAACAGACCCAUUCGCUGGAUGGCCUUGGAAACACUCCAGCACAAUCAAUAUAGCACAGCUACGGACGUGUGGUCAUUCGGAGUGUUCCUCUGGGAAUUAGCAACGCUGGGUCAACAACCGUAUGUCGAAGUGGACCCGUUCGAGAUGAUGGCGUGUCUCCGCGACGGCUACCGAUUAGCCCAACCACGGCCGUGUCCAGACGAACUUUUCGCCGUAAUGGCGGUGUGCUGGCUAGGCCUGUCCAGGGAUCGUCCAACGAUGCCCCAACUGCUCGCCUAUCUGCAAGACUUCCACGACGCUCUGGGCGGUUUCAUCUAAAGCGAGGGUGUCUAAAUCAGUGCCAAUGGGCACUGUGGUGACACUCCCCUCGCGAAAAGUUACCCUCUCCCUGCCUACUUUUACCCAUUUGUAUUGAACACUACAUAGAACUGUCCACAUACUCAGUCCGGGGCAGCUUCUUGAGUAGAGGUAGUGGGUGAACACUGUUUCCGAGUUACUAGCGCGAGGGGAGUAAGUUAGACACCUCUGAUCUAAAGCACUCUAAUCCGAUCGUUGAACUGAUUGUUCCCUGGAACAUCGACGUGCAGUAGGAAGAUCAGCCCUCCGCGAGAUUCUCUAUGAGCCAGGAUAGCUCCGAAGUGAUCUGUAAUCUGAAAGAACUAAUCGAGAGGGACACAGUGACUCUUGUUGACAAGGCAGCACGGCAAGCUGAUCAAUGCAAUGAGAAGACGGAAUAUCAGAAAGUACGCGGAGAUUUGAUCGGAAUGCUCGAUCGAAACAAAAGUUUAAAGUGGAAAAUCAAACCGUACGGGGGUGAAUUCAAUGCUCGUUCGCCGAUUAUCGAUUUUCCACGGCGAUUCUUCUCGACAUUCCUACGCAACGUUUUGGGGAUUCUAUUUGGAGGAAACUGGUGAAUCAAAAGCAAAAUCGUCGAUCGGGCAGCCAGCACUCCUUGAUUUUAAGUUUGAGCCGGCAGCCCGGUCCACGAAGAGAACGAUCGACGCGUAUACAUCCGUCCAUAGCAGUUAAAAGAGAAGAAUGCUCUCUUGAACGCGCACAACGGUUUUUAUAGCGUGACAGUAGAUGAAACCGCGACGGCGCCUGCAACCUCGCAACCGCCGUGACGCGCGCGAGUCGCGUCUUCGUUGCACAGGCGCCCCUUCGAAAUUAUUCUCUGCUAUAUUCCCAUUCUUUCUUCACGGUCUAGCGGAUUUUCAACAGUCUGGAAACCGAGUUUCGAUGAAUUACAGUGGUUCUCAGCUGGGAUUCUACGUAUCUUCAGCGACCAGCUCGGAUUACUCUGAAAUUUUGACGGUAUACAGUAUACACAGCACCCGAAAAUACGCGGCACUGAGAGGACAUUUAUCAGUAUGUUGAUCUGCGUCUCAUACAUCAGGUGAUACAACUGUGGAAUGCAUUUUGGCUUCAGCCUUAACGUACGAUGUUGUAUGUAAAGAUUAAAACAUACACAAGUUUGGAAGAUUGAAAAUUCAUGUAUACAUAAAUGGAGGAUUCAGAAGUCGAAUAUGUUAGUCAGAUUUGCAUUUAAAGAAUUUUAGAAAUGUUUCUAUCAUUAAAACUUUUUCGAGU